AAAAUUAAAAAUUUAUUAAAAGGAGUGGCCUCUUGCUGUUUUGAGGCUUUGUCUUCUUUCCAAUUCCCCCCUACUCCACACACAAAUUGAAGUACCAUCCAACUUACCACCAUUGGAGAAUAGUUUUAUACCAUUACACCAAUGUUGUCAAUUUAUGAAACAUACCAAAAUACAAUUCAAAUUCAAAGGUUCUUUAGAGUUUAGAAUAAAGAGUUUAGAUCAAUGAAAUACAACAUUAUGUUAUUGUCUAGUCUCAAUUUUCCUCCCAUUACACAUUGUCUAGUCUCAAUUAUCUCUUGUUGGUAAUAUCUCAUCUUUUCGGACAGGACCCUCGUCUGCUUCUUUCUUCAUCUUCAGGGACUAAUCUUAUCACUGAAAAAUAUUUCCUACUGUAUUGUGUAUAUUGCAUCUCUUUCUUCCAUUAUAGAGUGUGUUUAAAAUGUCUGGCUCAUGACACGAGGUCAAGGUUCUUCCCUUUUCGAACCACCUGUAUAGGCCUUUAUUACUUCUUCACCACCACUCUUUUUUAUUUUUAACUUUACUCUGCCUAAACUGUUUUGUCCUUCCAUGUUAUAUCAUCUCAAGUUUCUCUCGGAAUCCACAUCUGGAGAGCGACUUAAGUUUGUGAAACAAAAUUGUAUCACUGACGCCAUUUUUUUCUGCAUCUCUAGUGUUAAAAUUCCCUCUUUUCUCUCAUCUCUGUCAUCAUCAAACCAACCUUUCUAGCUUUUAUACUUAUAACUCCAUCUCCUUCAACUCUCAAUUUCUCCAGCUCUUAUCCAUUCUGAACCCUCCCUGUUUAUUACUCUGUUUGCCCAUAAAAAUCUUAUCUUUUCCUCUGAAUUGAAAUGGGUAACCGUCAGAAUCAUCUCACAUGCAGCAUGUUUCACCAUUUUCACAUUUCUUUUCUCCUUCUACUGGUUCUGUGUACAUCCCACUUGAGAUUUAAUGCCCAAGGUAGACCAAUAGCUAAAACUAUUGGGAAUUACUCAAAGAUAGGUUCAAGGCCACCAAGGUGCGAUAGAAGAUGCAACAAUUGCGGCCACUGUGAAGCCAUUCAGGUGCCCACAAAUCCUCAAAUCAAAGAUGGCCACAAGAAUUUAAGAAAUUCCUCUGCAGUUUCCACCAUUACUUACGCCGGCGGUGGUGGUUCUGAUUACUCCAACUACAAGCCCAUGAGUUGGAAAUGUAAAUGUGGAGACCUCAUCUUCAACCCAUGACCAUUUUCUUUCCUCCUUUUCGCCUUCUAUUUUUCAUCCAAGUUCUUUGUUCUUGGAAAUCUUGUACAUGAAUGAAUGAUAAUAGUGUUUCAGCUUCUAUAACUUUUCUCCCCUGUUUCUUGUCCUUCCGAUUCAAUCUAUCUAUUCCCGACGGUAAAACGAUAAUUAGUUUUAAGGGAUUUUCUUUUUUUUUUUAACAGUAACAGCCUAGUAUUAUUAUUGUGCUCGUGAAAAUGAUUACUUUAAUUUGGUACAGAGAAGAGAAGAUUUUGCGCGUAGGAUGAUAUGUUGGAAUCUGGUUUGAUCAGAGAAUCUCUGUGUUUUUAAGUGUACAGUACUUAAUGCAGUAAAUGCAAAGACCGUAACUUUAGUACUAAACUUAUGAAUCCGCCAUUAAUGUAACGUGUUCCUGUAAUCAAAUCCGGCGGCCAAACGGAAGAGAAGAGGAUGAAAAG